AUGAGCUGCUUCGGGGCGUCGGCACCCAUUGGCGGCUUCUUUGGCGCGUUGCUGACCGGCGUGUUUCUGGAGCGGACGCAUUGGCGGUGGCUGUUCAUCUUCCUUGCCGCAUCUCAAGCCGCAACACUCGCUGGAAUCUACUUUUCCAUGCCUAAAGACGAGCCCCUGGACCGAGGCGGCAAAAUUGACUACGUCGGGGCUGCUCUAGGACUAGGGAGCUUGAUCCUAUUCAGUUUCGUAUGGAACCAAGCGCCGUCCUCAGGCUGGCAAACCCCCGUCGAAAUCGAGCCCGUCAUGCCGCUCUUCAUCUUCAAGACGCCCAGCUUCUCCCCGCUCGUCCUCGUGGUCACGCUGAGCUACAUGUCCUUUGCCAUCGCGCAGUGGUACGCCAUCACCUGGCUGCAGAUCGAGCGGCGCUGGUCCGUCCUCGACACGGCGGUCGGCUACACCCCGUUCCUCGUCGUCGGGCCCCUGUCCGUAUUUCUCGCCGCGUGGCUGCUGCCGCGGCUCGCGGCGCAGUGGAUCAUGGCCAUGGGCAUCGUCGUGCUCGUGGCCGCGAACCUGCUCGUCGCCACCAUGCCCGUGCAGCAGACGUACUGGGCGCAGGCGUUCCCCGCCAUCGUGCUCUACUGCCUCAGUCCCGAUUUCGUGUACGUGGCCGCCCAGCUCAUCGUGAGCAACAGCGUGGGCCGCAAGUACCAGGGCGUGGCGGGCAGCCUGAUCGGCACGCUAAACUUGUACGGCAAUAGCUUGGGCAUCGGGGUGUCGGGCACGGUGGAGAGCCAGGUGGCCAAGAACUCGGGCGACCGCAUCCUCGGGUACAGGACCGCUCUCUACUUUGGCUUCGCGGUGGCGGUUCUCGCGCUCGCGCUGGACGUGUUUUUCGUGCGCGUGCCCAAGGAUAACCGCGAAGGUUGGGACCCGAGCGAUGAUGUGGAGGAUAGCCUCAUUGUCGGUACGGGGCGCAGUGUCGAGCCAGCGCACGCGGCUACCCAGAGGAGGUAG